AUGAGAGUCCUUUAUCUACUAGCAUUAUUUCUCCCAUUAGUCACUUGUCGAGUUACACCAUUAUUGGUGGCAUCACAUAAGUUAGUUCGUGGAUUGAAGCAAGAGAUCAAUCCUUCAAAUUUGGCAGUUCACAACGUAACAUCCGUUACAAACAUGCUUAAGAAAUUAAUCACUGAUUGUUCAUCUGAUGCAUAUUUGAUUAUAAAUUUACCAGGAUUGACAUAUCAAGAUUUGACUACUGUUAAUAAGGAUCAAUGGCCAUUUUUGAGAAAAUACCUCUAUAUGGCUUCAACUCUUGUUGGGUUGCCACGAGUUGAAGCAAACUUGGACUUGGACUUUCUUGAGCAAUACAUUAUUAAUACCUGUGAAGCAGAAACAGUAAAUGUUUUCCAAAGUCAUGAAGAAGUGGUUGAUUACUAUGAUGUCAGAACUAGAGUAAUUAGAAUGGAUUUAGCACCAUUGUCAGAGAACGAUGAGGAUAUUAGAACAAGUCAAAUCUAUGAUUGUGAUCAAUUGAUUAGAAAAAUUUUGAGAAAGUUACCAUCUCCUCAUUAUUCAAUUAUCUUUACAAGUUUAAAUCCAGGUGUAAUCCAUCCUAUUCCGAAGCAUAUAAUGCAACAAGAUCCCGAUUCAUUUGAAAUUUUCAGUGAUAUCUUGAAUGAUCCGAUUAAUAACCAAGAAGUUGAAAAGAAUGACAGAUUUCAUAAAGUUGAACCAGACUUGAAUCCAAUCAGACAUAGUAAUGAUAAAUACAUUCGAAAUAAAAAGAAAGAUGAAAUCCAUUUGUUUGACUACGAGUUAUGGACUAAAAAUGAAAAAUUGGUCACCACAAUUUUCGUAAUGGUUGUCAGUUUAUUCAUGAUGAAAAUCGUAUCCUUUUUGAAGACUUUAAAGCAAAAAUUCUUAGAGUAUAAUCAAAACAAGGCCAAAAAGGGAAUUAUAACUUCUACCGAUAAAAAGAAAGACUAA